GCGGCCGACGGGCAGCGCCGAGGGCCAGAAAGAAGCGGCGGGGAGAGGCGGGCGUUGCGUGCCGACAUGGAGGACGACGCGCCGGUGAUCUACGGGCUGGAGUUUCAGGCACGAGCGUUAACACCUCAGACAGCAGAAACAGAUGCUAUAAGAUUUUUGGUUGGAACACAGUCUCUUAGAUAUGAUAAUCAGAUUCACAUCAUAGAUUUUGAUGAUGAAAAUAACAUCAUAAACAAAAAUGUGCUUCUUCAUCAAGUGGGUGAGAUCUGGCACAUUAGUGCCAGUCCUGCAGAUAAAGGUGUACUAGCAACUUGCUACAAUAAAACUUCAGACAGUAAAGUCGUGACAUGUGCUGCUGUUUGGAGGAUGCCGAAGGAAUUGGAAUCAGGCAGUCAUGAAUCCCCUGAUGAUUCAUCAAGCAACACUCAAACCCUGGAGCUACUCUGUCACCUUGACAACACAGCCCAUGGCAAUAUGGCCUGUGUUAUGUGGGAACCAAUGGGAGAUGGUAAAAAGAUCAUUUCUCUGGCUGAUAACAACAUAUUACUGUGGGACUUGCAGGAAACUUCAGCCAAAGCUGUGCUCUCUAGUUCUGCAGCCUUAGAAGGGAAAGGACAAUUAAGAUUUACUUCAGGACGGUGGAGUCCACACCACAAUUGUACACAGAUUGCAACAGCCAAUGAUACCACUGUUCGGGGAUGGGAUACACGGAGCAUGAGGCAAAUAUAUUCCAUAGAAAAUGCACAUGGACAGCUGGUACGAGACCUUGACUUUAAUCCCAAUAAACAGUACUACCUGGCUAGCUGUGGAGAUGACUGCAAGGUGAAAUUCUGGGACACAAGAAAUGUCACUGAACCAGUGAAGACACUAGAGGAGCAUUCCCACUGGGUCUGGAAUGUCAGAUACAAUCAUUCUCAUGAUCAGCUGAUCCUUACAGGAAGCAGUGAUAGCAGAGUUAUUCUUUCUAAUAUGGUAUCAAUUUCUUCUGAACCAUUUGGACAUAUGGUAGAUGAUGAUGAACUGAGUGACCAAGAGGAACAACAUCAAGAAGAGAAGAUUUUUGUAUACAGACCUUUCAGGAUUAAAGAGCCCCUUCAGGACAGUGUAAUAGCUACCUAUGAAGAACAUGAAGAUAGUGUAUAUGCAGUUGAAUGGUCCUCAGCAGACCCAUGGCUAUUUGCCUCUUUAAGCUAUGAUGGGAGACUUGUUAUUAACAGGGUUCCGAGAGCUCUUAAAUAUCACAUACUAUUAUAAUUUGUUUGGAUUAUGAUGGAAUUGUUGUCUUGAUGUACACAAUUGGUAGGUAUUGUUUAACGGUUUUUUUCAGGAUCUACUUUCAGUUUUAUUAAACAUAAAUACAUUUUUGUUAAGAAAAUUUGUACUUAUAUGGAUGCUUUCAAUUUGUCUUUUGUAUUUACCUUGGAAAGUACAAUGCCUAUUUUAGAAAAGGCCAUACUAGUUGUUGUUUUUCUUUUUUUUUUUUUUUUUUUGUAGCCACUGAGUGUAGGAAUUACAAAAUUUCUGGAGGUGCUGGGUGCUUUCCAUACUACUGAUUUAUUACUUCAGUGUUAUGCAGAUACAGUGGAUUAGAGAGGAGUUAACACUGAGAUAAAACUGGAACAAGGUGCAUGUGGAGGAAGUCAUCUAGUCAUUUACAAGAAUAAUAUUUUAUCUGUCUUCCUUAUAUAAGCAGCCUUCUGUUCUUAGAUAGGGUCAUGUUCUGGUUCACUCUUCAACUACUGUAAAUGCAGUUGGGCAUGUUCUGAAAGGUUGUCGUAACUCAGUCCAGUAUUGUAAAUAGUUUUUCUCAUUUUGUCUGUCUUAAGAAGGAGUGUUAAUCGUGAGGAUGAAACCAUCAAAGCUGAGUUUUCAUUUAAGCUUUACAAUAGUAUCGAAAUCUCACCCUGUAAUUUGCAGAUUAAAUGCACUUUUGUGCUGUGUAUUGUUAGAAACAUCUAUCUUUACCAAAAACUCUCAUGUUCUCAUGUAAUGUAAUAUACAAUGUUUGCAGAACUUAGUUGUUUUGUAGUAUAUGUUGAGGGAUCCUGGAGCUAUAUCGUUAACAUGAAAAACCUUUUGAUGUUUGUAAGUAAUCUCAUUCUUAUCCUUUUGACUCUGUGCCAUUCUGCAGUAUGAAGUAGCAGACUUUCAACUAAGCACAGAACGUCCUUUGCUAUAUCAUAUUUUUUGCAAUGUAUGACCUAGGUAUCAGUGACUACCUUGCUGCAAAUGCUGAGAACAGAUGUUGCCCUGCAGGAGGAUGCGCAGAGAACUUGAAAUGUAGAUGGAAGAGUGGUAACAUAUUCCUGCACAUACUGAUACAUCCCCACCCCCUCAACUUGAUGAAAAUUCUUCUGCCUAUUCUUUGUAUACUUAGACUGAACAUAGCAGCAGUUAUCCCUUGUUGUCUUUACAUCACUGUUCCUUCCUAUUGUCUUCAGAACUUGGGUGUGUGUGGUGGUGUUGGUUGUGGUGGCAUUCUUUAAGGCUACUCUGAAGAAGAAAUGCCAAGGCCACUGGCAUAGGCCAAUGGACAGGCCAAUUCCAGCCUCUGCCAGUGCUUCCUAACAGAGUUGCUGUAGUAACUGCUGGAGAUGGUUGAGGGGGGGGGCUGCUCCUAAUCUCUGCUUGUUCCUUACCCACUGCCUGGAUUGAAACGUUGCCAAUCGUGUGCACUCAGCUGCUGCUGUGGGAACACACUCUGAGAGUAUUGCUGGCUGCUACAAACCAAAGUGUCCAAAGUUGAAUUCUGUUUCUAGCUUUUUGAAAAACUUGUUAGGAAGAAUUCAUGAGGGAGUUAAUUUAAUUAUAUCUGUAUUAUUGUUUGUUUAUAUGUUACUGCGAUGUCUGUCUGCUCCAGAGUGAAUGCUUCAUUGGAAAUUCUGAUGGUCUACAUUUCUGUGCUAAGGUUUUAAAUUUGUGCUGUUUGAAAUUGUCUCAAUCUGUAAUAAGGCAUGAGCUAUGCGUUUGUAUGUUAUAAGAAAAAUUACUUUUCCAACUCAGUAGAGCUUCAGUUGUUUGAAUAUCAAAAUCCUUGGAGGAGCUGCAGCUUUUGUGGAGCUUUUGGUCUUCAGACACAAAACCCUGUAGCUUUUUUCUUCCACAUAAGAAGCCCUGUAGUUUUUCUUUAGUGUACAGCACAGCUCUUCAAAAUCUCAUCAACAUUAGGAAUAAAGGUCUAAUGAAAUUUUAUUGUCUGCUAAUGUAUAUGGCUUGUAGUGGGGAGGUGACAGGAAGUCAUGUAGCCAUAUGUGGGAUUUGGUUUGAUUAUAAUGUGUAAUAAAAUCUGGGACAGAUUUCAGACUAAUUUUGAUGUAGUUGCAUUUUCUUUAAUAUCGAGAGCUUAUAUGUGACAGCUCUACCUGCAAACAAUUAAUAACAAAAAAUAAUUUCUCUUGUUUUAGUUCUGUCAAAUGUGCAUAAUAUCACACAAUAGGGAGUAAGAGGGACAGGAAACACUGUGAAGGGAAGUAAAAGCAGGUAAAAUUUGAAUGAAAUGAGUUACAAUAGAAUCAGGAGAGCAGUAAGGAUCAAGUUCUAAUCGUUUUCAUUUUCAUUUCAUCUGUACCAGGCUCUGAGCAACUAGAUCUUGCUGUCGAUGUCCAUGUACAUUGCAUGGGAGUUGCAUUAAAUGAUAUUCAGAGUAGUAAAGAGGACUGACUGGAGAACUAUGGGGGAUCUUAGUAUCAUGGAGAGACUGGAUGAUGAAAUGAUAGAUGGAAUUCUAUGCAGAAAAUGUGAAGGAAACUUUGAUUUUAUUGAUAUGCACUGGUGGUCUCAAGUUACUGUUAUGGAAGUAAGAUUUUAGGGUUAUAGAAGAUCUUUAAAACCAUCAGCUUAAAGUAGAUUAAAAUAGUAACUAAAGGGGAAUUGUUAGAAAGCAAGCAAAGAAGAAAAUAAAGUACUGUGUACAUUAUGUAUAUUUAUAAAUCCAUAGAGUAUAUGCGUCUUAAUACAUCUAAUUGUGUUAUCUUCUGUCUUAGAAUUGAUACAGUGGAACUGGAAAAGUUUUUAGAGAAGGGUGACAGGAAUGAUGAGUGGCAUGUAUGAGGAUAACUAAAAGGUCUGAGAGGCAGGUGGUUAAGAGGGAGCGAUAAAAUUCCUUGAAGUCAGAAGUCAUGGAAGGAGAGGAUGAGUGGGGAGUGAUUGUACUGUGAUUUUUUUGUGAUUUUUUUUUCCUGAUGGCAGAACUAGAGAUUACUAAAUGGAGUGGCUGCAAGUACGCAAAAUGAGGUUGGUCUUCAGAGGGCAUGCAGUUGAGCUCCAGCAUUCCAUUACCGCUGCACCCCAUCCUCACUCCUCUGCAAAAAAUAAAACAACCUCCAAACAGACAACCAAAUCUCCCUAAAGUUUACAUUGCUUGGAAGUAAGCGGACCAGUACUUGAAAGGUGAAUCCAUUAAAGUUUGUUAUAAAAGUAAAGGCUCAGAAAAUCCUUUUGAACCAUGAAUUGCUGGACACCACUAAGAAUACUCGCAAAUAAUCCCUUUGUGCUUGCCUGGUCCUUAUUUGCUUUCCUAGGUGUGCUAUUUGCUAGUAAAGGGAAAAAAAAAAGUUUAAAGAAAAUAGUAAUAUAUUCUAUAAGGUUCUGUCUCUGGUUUUGAUAGAACUCCAUGAUUCUCUCAAAAUGCUUUACUUUGGAUGCAAGCUCUGUUUUGGGAAGUAUUAGGAAACCUUCACAUCUCAAGUGAAUCAGUAUUCUGAAAAAUGUCUAUGUUGUGAAAUGCUCCUUCGCAAGGAGACUGUGGAGGCAAACUGAUUUCUGUACAGGGUUGUCCAUUGUUUCUUCUGAGAUGCGAAUUGUGGUCUGACUGACCUCCCAGCGCUGGCUUGUUUCAGUGUUCAAGAGAGAAUGGUAAGCACAUGGUUACGUUUUCAGUCACCUCUUAAAUGACUUGUUUUGUUUUGCAGAAUAUGUAUGUUUUAUUUUUGAAAAACUGUACUGUGGUAUUCCUUAAAAAUGUCAGAUUGUCAAUGUUGCAACCUAAAAAUUUGUUUUAUUUCAGAUUUGGUGCUGAGAAUCUUUUCUUCAUCAGCAGUUCAGUAUGUGAGUCUGGUAUAGAAUUACAAAAAUGUUUUUGAAGUUGUUUUUAAUGUGAAUUCUUAAAGGAGAAAGAAUUAGUAGUAUUCUUAUGGGGAUUUUGAGCAUGAUCUAAAUGGAGUCAAUAGAAAUCUUGACCGUUUAAUAAAAAUCUUGAAAUAACAAUCUGGUUCUCUUUAGCUAAAAAAGAUACUAAUUUCAAAUUGGGGAAAAAAAAUAAAUAAAUAAAUGCAAAGCAAUACCCUUCAGUGCUGACCUGGAUCUUUGCUUGUGGUGUCAGUGCUAAAAUUACCCUGACCUGUACUGAAGCCCAGGAAAUUAAUGAGCUGCUUGUCAAUUUUAAAAUUAAUGAAAAAUAUGUAUUGAAUGGCAUGGAUAGACUUGACAUUUGUUCUAGGCCAAUUCUUCUUACCUCUUACCUUUUCAUUCCUCAAAGGUGAGUGAAAGUAUCCCCUGUAUUAUGCUCAACACUAAAAUUAGCUGAGAACAGUUGGAAAGAAUUAAGCUGGCUGGCCCUUGCAUUUUCCAUCUGACAGCAGAAAGUAUUGACUCUGUAUCUGUCUCUUUUUGGAAAUUCCAAAUCUUACAGUCUGGAACCUCUUGCAGUAUUUGAGACUGAAAUUCUUGCAGUUUAAGGUAGGCAGGGCUAUGCUAUUAAAGGCCAUAGUCUGACUGUGGUAGUUGUGUCUGGGAUAUUAAUGAUGCAGUAAAAAGAGAGUAAUGAUAAUUGUAAAUGUCAGUAUUGGAUACAAGUUUCUAAUGCUGCAGUGUGGCUAUUUGCUUUCACAGAAUAUGUUGAAGGUUGUUUGUUUGUUUGUUUGUUUGUUUUUUGUGGGGAAGAUACAAAGAAGGCACUUAAUACUACAGUGAAACCUGUGAUAUGAAAGCUGUUCUGAAGUCCUUGCUUUCUGGAAUAGCAAGGAAGAGUGCAAAUCCACUUUAGGGAGGCCUAGCCUUCCUAUAAAGAAAACUGCUGAGUGUGAAGCUGUGCAUACUCUCCAGAAGUACUUGUGCGUUGCUCCUGCACGUUUCCACUUGCCACUUUGGUCAGUGAGGAACUAGUGAAGUGAAAAGAAAAUGACAUGAAGUGAUUUGGAGGAAAAUAAACAAAGGAGAAGAAAAGGUAAGAGGAAGACUGACAAAUACAGGAUGAAAAGUGAAUUGAAAAAGGACAAGUUCAAUGAAAGAUCAUUUUGGCAAACAGAAAUAGAAAGGACAGAUGAAAUUGGCAAUAAACAAAGGGAAAGUUAUGGGAGAAAGGGUGAAGAACUUUUGUUUGUUUGUUCUAGAUAUGUUAUAAAAGCUCCUUAAAAUCUUCUGUAUUAGUCUUUUUGCCUUAAAUGAUUUAAGUGCUAGAGAACUGCUGGCUUAUAUUUAAGGUUUUUUAGCUCUGUCAUUGGAGAUGGUUCAUAGAGGGUAGUUGCUGACAGGUUUGAAUAUAAAGAAACAAAGUGACCCAUAAGUGAUUAAUCCUUAUUGUUUGGUUUUAAAGGGGUAGGAUUUUUCAGCUGAUUCUUUUCAGGAUGUAACUGUGUGUGUGUGAACAGUUGUGUUUCAUUACAAUUCAGUUAUCAGAUGGGGGUAAUCAGCCUGGGAAAACAGCAGUCUUAAGAGGCUGGAAUAGAUUAGGUUAGUUGGAAUGGGGGAUGCACAAAGAUAUCUGGUGCAACUGUCUGACCAUGUCAUGGCUAAUGUAAAGUUAAAGGAUAUUAUUGAGGGCAUUAUCCAAAUGACUCUUGAGUGCUGACAGGCAUGGGUCAUCAACCACGGGAAGUCUGGGGAACCUCUGGGAAGCGUUUGGCCACUCUCAAGGUAAAAUAUAAUAUAUACACACACAUAUUCUUUAAUCUGAACCACCCCAAUGCAAUUUUGUGCCAUUUCCACACACCCUGUCAUCAGUCACCAACAAGGAUUUCAAGCAGGCUGUCUCUUGAGUCACACUAGCUAUAUCUGCAAAAUGUAUCUUGUUUACGACUUACAGGGAGAGUCCUAGUGAGAGCAACUCAAGAUAAUUAGAUGUGAUUAAUAAAAUAUCCAAGGCAUAUCCUCCUUUCCUUACUGACCUUGCUGCAGAAGAGCUUUGAGCUGCUUUAGAGAAAAUACUGAGCCCUUCUGUUUUAGUGCUACAGCAGCCACAACUUCAUAAAGGGUUUUAGUGCUCCAGCACAGAAGAUAACUUUGGGGAGAAAGAGACGAAUGAGUCUUCCUGAAUCCAGGAGCCGAGUUCCCCAUGUGGAGAUGCAUGGCAAAUAUGUGAGUUGCUGUUGCCCUGGAGCCACAGCAACAGCUGCCAAGCAGCUGGGCUGAGCAGGGAGGACCUCUGAUGUACCUUUUCGGCAAAUUGUCCAUUUAUUUUGAUUCUACAUAGAGUUCAGGAUUUUGGCAAGAGGAGCUGCGGAAAAGCUUUUAAGCAGAGAAUGGAUUUAGGAGAACAUGGGAAACAUUGGAAAAUUCAGAGAUGCUGCAUACUAAUAUUCACAUAAGCAAGUCUAUAUGAGCUGAACCCUGGGAUGAUAAUAGACUUGGCAGUCAUUUUCUCUGAACCUCUUCCAGUUUCUAAAAAUUUGCAGACAACUGAGGCAAGGGAGAGACUUGAAAAACUACAGAAAUGGUAUUAGUGUUUGGAUUAGUAGUGCAGAGAGUUGGAAGAGGAAAAUAAGUUUGAAUGAAGAAAUUCUUAGCAAAAAUGUGAGAGUUUGAUUUGUUUUCAUUUCAGCUUUUCUAAUAAGCACUACUUGAAAAUAGUAACAAAUAAUCAGAAAUGAAGUUACUGCAUCUAUGUAGGAAAGUUAUAGAUUAGCUGUUAGUUGUGUCACAAUGCAGACAUGAGUAUUUGUAUAGUUUUCCUGAUCGCUUUCUUUUCUAAACAGAAUGGGUUAAAUUUAGUAUAUGAUGGUACAUGAACUUGUCUUAGAACACAUGUAAAGAGGAAAACAAACAAAAAAAAACCCGACAACACAAAGCCUGAUUUUCUUAAUUACUGACCAUGGAAAAGAGCUUUGGCUUUAAAACAAACAAAAAAACCCCAUCCCUUGAUUUUUUUGCACAGGAAGGAGUAUGAGUAAAGAAUACCUGGAAUUUGGCUUUGCAGAGAUUGUGAACAAGGAGGUCUGUUUUCCAAUAUGCAGUUGGUGGGAUAAAAUACUCACUUGAGUAAAUUCAGCUGUGUUCAGGUAUACACCUGAAUUAUAUUGAGCAGAAGUUUCCUCUCUGAAACUGCUUCUGAAAAAGGAUUAUGCUCCUCAGAAUAAGGACAUAACAGCAUAAACAGGACACUAUCUUCUUAAAAUUAAAAAUGCCUCUUUAUCAUUAGGAGGUUGGCUAUAUAACACAUCAGUUUGAAAUACCGAAGAAUGUUGGGUGCAUAUGUGGCUGCUGAUAGGAACUGGUAGGUAGAUGGAGCCAUAGAUACUUUGAUGCCAUUGCUUUUUUUUUGUUUUGUUUUGUAUCUCAUUUUAUCUGGGUAAAACAGGAAAAAUCUGGUAGAUAUAUUAUUAUAGGAAAAUCUGUUAGCAAAAGCACAAAUGAGAGCUUCAUCACAAUGGGAUCAGUUUAAUCCUUUGCAAAGCAAAUAUCAGAGAGCUUCAACAACUGUUCUGACCACCCUGUCAGUUGUGAGUGACAGUUGCUUGGAUUCAGCUUCCUAGAUGGAUGCGUAUUUCUGAUCUAUGUUUUAAUCAUCUGUUUUCACUGUUAAUACUGCUUGAAUAUUUUCAGUCUAUUGUUGGAGUAACUUGCAGAAAUCCUGUACAAUUUUCUGCUGCAAUUCACAGACUUUUUUUUUUUUUUUUUAAAUAGAGGGAAAAGCUGCUUUUAUUUUUAAGCAUUCAUGCUGCUCUAUCAGGAGGUAUUCAGGUUUCCUUUCUCUUGUCUGCACCUCAGGGCUUAAGCUACAAUUUAAAUUCUACUGGUUUUGUACUGGUCAUUGCUGAAAACUAAGAACUAUGGAUGAAGCUUGAGUGUGACUGACAUGUUCAUAUUCAUCAGAAAACAGUCAGCAGGAAGGAAUGAGUGGAGUAAUUGUUAGAUUGUUCCCUCCUUCACUGCUUGUGCAAAAUACAUAGGCUGCAGGGAGGAAGCUACCUGAGGUUAUUAAGAUUAAUACUGCUAGAAAUUCCAAUCAGCUCACACAAGGCUGCUCCUCAAGGCUGUCAGAUGCCUACUGCCUUCUCUGAUUCAGGUGGGGCCACAUCAAUUUUGAAUUUCCCAACAGAGAUUGCUGUGAUUUAUGAGUUUAGGAGGCUGAUAAAUAUGGUUAGUUGAAGUGUUUGUGAAAUAAUUGGAUCAGAAUAAUUUCAGUCAUCUGUGCUCAAUUUAUUUUCUUCAGUAACCGCAGGAGGGUGCAGUUCUGCAUUGGGAGCUUCAUCUCAAGGAUUCCUAUUACAGGAAAGACUUGUGGAACCUAGAAAAGAGCGACUUAAUUUUGCCAUCAGGCCUGUUUGGCAGCCUUAUGAGCUGAUUUAAGACCCAUCAGAACUGGAGAGUAAGUAUUCUGGGCUCUUCCAGUAUUGUCCAUGACUGAGUCUGAGGCAGUUCUGAUUUGUGCAUUGUGGAAUAGUGUCUGCUGGAAAAGCUAAUGAGUUUUACUACCUAGAGUUUGCUAACCAUUUUACUGUUCACUGGGGGCAAGGGAGAUUGUUUCUGUCUGUCUGUUGUAAAUUACUUCCUAGUGAGAAGUUUUAUUAAUAUUUCACUUUUGGAUUUUGUGAAUUUUUCUGGAGUAGUGAUCAGUAACAAUUCUCUCUACAGUGAAGGGAGCUCCAUUGUAUCCCUGAGGAUAUUAGAGUUUUGAUAAAUGUGUCUCUGAGUUUAUCAUUUGUCUUCCCACAUACCCCCCAAAAAAUUAAAUUCUGGGUGGAUUGUUCUAGAAAAAGUACUGAACAUAAAAUGCAUUUGCAUUUACUACCAAAUGUAAAAGAGAACAGGAGAAAGCUUUGUGUGAUGAUUGAGUGGAAGUCAAUAGGGAAUGAAAAGCCAAGCAAGUGUUGCAGAUAAACAUCUUCCUCUUAUCAUAAACAGUAUUUUUAUUGUCAUCAAAGAGAGCUGCUAUCAGGGGAGGUUUAUGGGGGAAGGCAGUGGCUUCUUUUUGGGUAUCUUGAAUGUGGAGAGAAAUUUGGCAAGCAGGAUGUUGGCUCAUGUUUAAUAAGCUACCAGGUCUAACGCUAUUUUAUUCCCCAUUUUCACUAAGAUUCUUGGAGUGAAUUUUACUGGCUAGGAAUGUGUCAGCAGAUUGGGGAAGGCUUAUACUUUGUUACCUGAUUCUCUGUCAGAGUUGCCACAUUCUAGCUCUGUUUUUCCCUUUUGGGUUUUAUACCUCAUAUAUCUUUGCUUUUUUUUUUUUUUUUUUCCUACUGAAUGCUUGAACAACUGUUUCCCACCACAACAGCCUUCCGUCUGUAAUCUUCUGUUAAUCUUCGUGGCUUUUCUACAGACUUUCAUACAUCCUUUUGCCUCAACUCAUCACCUUUUUUGGAAUUCAGAACAAAAGCUGUGUAGCAUGCCA